UGUGUCGGUUGGUGAGUUAAGAUAGCCUUGUUUGGAUUAUGUGCGCUUGUUGGUUAAUUGGAUUUAGGAGCAGAGAAAAUGCGAAUUAAUGUGCCUGCAGUCUGCCAAAAUAAAUCUAAAUCGGAGACAAACGGAUUGUGAUUUGAUUUUUAAAAUCCCCCCCAAGUUUUCCACUGAAAAAUAUUUACUUGUUGCUUUGAUUUGGACCGUAGAUUUAAAAUACAGUUCUGCCACUUAAGAGAUGAGUUUAAACAUUUCCCCUCCUCCUCUCUCGCAGUUCAAUUGGCUAGACAGUCAGAUUGAAAAAUGACAUGUAAUGGACCAUGCGUCAUUUUCUCAAUUCCAGUUUAUAAUCACGUGCAUAACACCAAAUGAUCCUCCUGCCCCAAUCAAUUAAGAAAUAAUGUACGUUUCACUGUCACACGCGGCAUUUGGAAAGAUGCACAAUGCCGUAGAACCCACACUGCUGCCAAUGAAUGGGUUGAAGAGUGACUCUCCUGAAACACUGGGGUUGUCGGUGCGGUGGACUUUUUCCUGGAUCUGACCGGUAAAUUCAGAAGACUGAAGCCCAGGCUCACAGUCUACCUUUCACGGAGGCCGAGCCGUGAGAGGACAGAGGAAGGCACGUGGCGAAUCAUGACUGCCGAAAAAGAGAAGGACAAGGAGCGGGACCGCGACAGGGACCGGGACAGAGAGCGCGAACGGGACAAGGGCCGCAGCAGCACCGGCGGUGGCGGCGGCGAACGGGACAAAGGCCGCGAGAGCGAGAGCUCCCGGCCACGCCGCAGCUGCACGCUAGAGGGUGGCGCCCGCAACUACGCAGAGAGCGAACACAGCGAGGAUGAGGACAACGAGGGAGGGACCUCCGCAGGAGGAGGCCUUGGCAUUGGAGGUGGAGGAGGAGGAGGAGGAGGCGGAGGAGGAGGAGGAGCAGGAGGAGGCGGGGGUGUAGUGGGUGGAGGGGGUGGAGGGGGUGGGAGUGUCAUGAUAGUCACUGAGGAAGGGGGCAAGAAGAGCAAGAAGAAGUUGCCCAAGAAGAAGUCACGCUACGAGCGCACGGAGAACGGAGAGAUCACGUCCUUCAUCACGGAGGAUGACAUCAUCUACCGGCCUGGAGACUGCGUCUACAUUGAGAGCCGACGGCCCAACACACCCUACUUCAUCUGUAGCAUUCAGGAUUUUAAGCUGAGCAAACGGGACCAUCUGCUGAUGAAUGUGAAGUGGUACUACCGCCAGUCUGAGGUGCCCGACUCCGUCUACCAGCACCUGGUGCAGGACCGCAACAAUGAGAACGACUCUGGCAGAGAGCUGGUCAUCACUGACCCUGUGGUCAAGAGCAGAGAGCUCUUCAUCUCUGACUAUGUGGACACGUACCAUGCUGCUGCCCUCAGAGGGAAGUGCAACAUCACCCACUUCUCUGACAUAUUCGCCGCCAGGGAGUUCAAAGCCCGCAUCGACUCCUUCUUCUACAUCUUGGGAUACAACCCAGAGACAAGGCGGCUAAACAGCACACAGGGAGAGAUCCGAGUGGGUCCCAGCCACCAGGCCAAGCUCCCAGACCUGCAGCCCUUUCCCUCCCCCGGCGGCCAGUCUGUGACUGAGAAAGAGGAGUUGGUGUGGAUGCCAGGGGUCAACGACUGUGACCUGCUCAUGUACCUGAGGGCAGCCAGGAGCAUGGCAGCAUUUGCAGGCAUGUGUGACGGAGGGUCGACAGAGGAUGGCUGCCUAGCUGCUUCCAGAGACGACACCACACUCAACGCGCUAAAUACUCUGCACGAGAGCAGUUACGAUGCUGGCAAGGCCCUGCAGCGGCUGGUGAAGAAGCCUGUGCCCAAACUCAUCGAGAAAUGCUGGUCAGAGGACGAAGUGAAACGGUUCAUUAAAGGUCUGCGACAGUACGGCAAGAACUUCUUCAGGAUUCGGAAAGACCUACUUCCCAACAAGGAAACGGGCGAGCUGAUCACGUUCUACUACUACUGGAAGAAGACGCCGGAGGCAGCCAGUUCGCGAGCCCACCGCCGCCACCGAAGACAGCCCGUCUUCCGCCGCAUCAAGACCCGCACCGCCUCCACGCCUGUCAACACCCCCUCACGCCCCCCCUCCAGCGAGUUUCUGGACCUGAGCUCAGCCAGCGAGGAUGACUUUGACAGCGAGGACAGUGAGCAGGAGCUGAAGGGUUACGCCUGUCGUCACUGUUUCAGCACCACCUCUAAAGACUGGCACCACGGGGGCCGGGAGAACAUCUUGCUGUGCACCCCCUGCCGAAUCCACUUCAAGAAGUACGGCGAGCUGCCGCCCAUCGAAAAGCCUGUGGAUCCACCGCCGUUCAUGUUCAAACCCGUCAAAGAGGAAGAGGAUGGGCUCAGCGGCAAGCAUAGCAUGAGGACCCGACGCAACCGAGGCUCGAUGUCGACGCUACGAAGUGGCCGCAAGAAGCAGACAACCAGCCCUGAUGGCAGAGCCUCCCCCACCACCGAGGACCUGCGCUCCAGCGAACGUACCUCCCCCAGCGGACGUACCUCUCCGAGCGGACGUACCUCUCCCAGCGCAGCCAGCACCUCCAGCACAGACAGCAAGACUGACUCCAUGAAGAAACCCACCAAGAAAAUCAAGGAGGAGGCUCCGUCACCCAUGAAGAGUGCCAAACGCCAGAGAGAGAAGGGCGCCUCAGACACCGAGGAGUCGGAGAGGACCGGCGCCAAGAAGUCUAAGACUCAGGAACUGGGUCGGCCGGACUCGCCGUCGGAGUUUGAAGGAGAGGGCGAGGGCGAGAGCUCAGACGGACGCAGCGUGAACGACGAGGGCAGCAGCGACCCCAAGGACAUCGACCAGGACAACCGCAGCUCGUCGCCGAGCAUCCCCAGCCCGCGUGACAACGAGAGCGACUCAGACUCGUCGGCCCAGCAGCACCUGCAGGCCCAGCACCCGCCCGUCAUCCAGUGCCAGACAGGCGCGCUGCCCACCGCCUCCAACCCUUCCACAUCUUCCUCCUCGUCCUCCUCAACGGCCGCGACAGCGACCUCCAACCCCCCCACGUCAGUGGCGGCGCCCCCUGCCUUACCUCCGCAGGUCUCCCCUGCCGGGCCGGCGCUGCCCAUGCCCCCCCAGCCCCCCAUGCCUCCGACAGGCCCACUCUCGCUCAUCCAGUCCGGGGCGUCGCUCCACCCGCAGCGGCUGCCCUCACCUCACUCGCCCCUGCCUCAGAGUCUGCCUCAGGCGCCCUCGUCCUCUCAGACGGCCUCUCAGGCACUGGCGCCGCCUCCGCCACCGCCCCCGCCCCAUCACGGCCCUCUGCCCCCCAUGGCCCACCCGCUGCAGGCUGGACCGGCCCACCUUCCCCCCCAUGGGCACCCAGCACACGCCAUGCCCCUCCAGCCCUUCCCACUCUCACAAGCUCAGGUGCCCCCCUCGGCCCAUCCAGGCCAGCCUCAACCCUCUGGUCUGUCCCAACAGCAGCGAGAGAGGGAGAGGGAGAGGGAGAGGGAUCGAGACCGGGAGAGGGAGAGGGAGAGAGACAGAGAGAGGGAGAGGGAGCAGCAGCCUCCUCCCCACAUGCCCCCCACCUCCCAGCCCCCGCCAUCCUCGCAGGGAGCCCUCCAGCCGCCCCGCGAGCAACCGCUGCCCCCGGCGCCCAUCUCCAUGCCCCACAUCAAGCCGCCGCCCACCACGCCUAUCCCGCAGCUGCCCAGCGCGCCCUCGCACAAGCACGCGCCCCACCUGGCCGCACCACCCUUCCCCCAGAUGCCCUCCAACCUGCCCCCGCCGCCAGCACUCAAGCCUCUCAGCUCGCUCUCCACCCACCACCCGCCCUCAGCGCACCCGCCUCCUCUGCAGCUCAUGCCCCAGAGCCAGCAGCUGCAACCCCCGCCAGCACAGCCGCCCGUGCUCACCCAGUCCCAGAUCCUGCCCGCCUCGGCCGGCCACGGGCCUCCGCUGCCACCCCCCCUCCCUCCGUCCGCCGCCGCCUCCUCGCACGGGCUGCCUUCCCAGGGGCCCUUCCCCACACACCCCUUCAUCCCUGGGGGCUCGGCCGUGCAGCUCCCUUCCACGGCGCCGCCGCCCUCCUCCUCCUCCUCCUCCUCUGGCUCCAUGCCUGGCCUGCCGCCUGUGGCCUCAUCUAUUUCCAUGCCGCUGCCCGCCUCCGUCAGCACCAGCAUGCCGGGACCCUCCUCGGUGCCGAUGCCCGCCAUGCAGAUCAAGGAGGAGCCGAUGGAUGAGCCGAUGGAAGAGCCCGAGAGCCCCCCGCCGCCCCAGAGGAGCCCCUCGCCGGAGCCCACCAUUGUCAACACGCCCAGCCACGCCAGCCAGUCUGCAAGGUUCUAUAAACAUUUGGACAGGGGCUACAACACCUGUGCCAGAACGGACUUCUACUUCACUCCGCAGGCCUCGUCAAAGCUGGCGAAGAAGCGCGAGGAGGCCGUGGAGAGGGCCAAGAGGGAGGUCGAGCAGAAGGCCCGCGAGGAGAAGGAGAAAGAGCGGGAGCGGGAGAAGGAGCGAGAGAGGGAACGCGAGCGGGAGAAGGAGGCUGAUCGGGCUGCGAAAGCCUCCAGCUCUCACGAAAGCCGGAUGGAGCAGCAGAUGCAAAACCACGCCCACAUGCGUCAGUCCUUCGACGGCCAGCAAACCACCAUCGCCGCCGUGCCGCCCUACAUCGGGCCCGACACGCCGGCGCUGCGCACGCUCAGCGAGUACGCGCGGCCGCACGUCAUGUCGCCCACCAACCGCAACCACCCCUUCUUCAUGUCGCUCAACCCCAACGACCCGCUGCUGGCCUACCACAUGCCGGGCCUGUACAACGCCGACCCGGGGAUGCGGGAACGAGAGAUGCGCGAACGCGAGAUGCGGGAACGCGAGAUCCGCGAGCGGGAGAUGCGCGAGCGCAUGAAGCCCGGCUUCGAGGUGAAGCCGCCCGAGAUGGACGGCCUGCACCCGUCGGCCAACCCCAUGGAGCACUUCGCCCGGCACGGCGCCAUCUCGCUGCCGCACAUGGCCGGCCCGCACCACUUCGCCUUCCACCCGGGACUGAACCCGCUGGAGCGUGAGCGGCUAGCGUUGGCUGGCCCGCAGCUGAGACCCGACAUGAGCUACCCGGAGCGGCUGGCGGCCGAGCGGCUGGCGGCCGAGCGCAUGGCCUCGGUGGCCGCCAACGACCCCAUCGCCCGGCUGCAGAUGUUCAACGUCACGCCGCACCACCAUCAGCACUCGCACAUCCACUCGCACCUACACCUGCACCAGCAGGACCCACUGAACCAAGGUGGUGGUGAAUGUCUUGUGUGUCCCCCAGGUUCUGGGGCCCACCCGUUAGUCGACCCGCUCGGUGGUGGACCGCACCUGGCUCGCUUCCCCUACCCGCACGGAGCCAUCCCCAAUGCCCUGCUGGGCCAGCCCCACGAGCACGAGAUGCUGCGACAUCCAGUGUUUGGUACUCCAUACCCAGGCCGGGAGCUGCAAGGGGGUCUGCCUCCCCACAUGUCAGCAGCGCACCAGCUUCAGGCCAUGCACGCCCAGUCGGCAGAGCUCCAGAGGCUAGCCAUGGAGCAGCAGUGGCUGCACGGACACCCACACAUGCACGGACACCCACUGCCCGGCCAGGAGGACUACUACAGUCGGCUGAAGAAGGAAAGUGACAAGCAGUUGUAACCAACUGAGGGAGAUGCGAGGAGACGAGAGGUCGGCAGGACACAGGAAGUUGUGACCGAACGCAGUCAUGGAGAGGAACUCUACGGUGUCCUUGGACCGUUUUUUUUAUCUUAUUUUAAGACAAAGAAAGAAAAAAGGAAAAGAGCAAACACCGAUGGUUGCCGGUUUCCUUUGCUGUUAUGGACGUUUCAUUCUUUGUUUUAUUUUUGUUUCGUUUUUUUCCCCAUUUGGAGAAAGGAACUGAGACUUUGGUAUAUAGCGUUCAAGUAGUGACAACGUCCUCAAGACUGAUUGUGACUUUCCUGCAUGACAUCCAACUCCGAGAAGCUUCCCUGACCUGUUUUUUUCGUAGGUGCUAGAGAACAAGACACUUUUGUCACUGUGCUUAUGAAGAACGAGCGGAGAAAAAAGAGACGAAAACAAGGAAGACAAACUGACGGGCCAUUAUAUCUGAAAAAAGUGCUAUCUUAAAUUCAAUGUUUAUUUUAAUACAUUGUAGAACGUUUUCAUAAUUUUAAGAGGAAAAAAGCUGCAGCAUGGCGUUUUUUUCGAGUCUGUAAAUAGUAUAUAUACAUAUAAUUAUUAUUAUUAUAAUUAUUAUUAUUAUUAUUAUUAGGUGUGGAUUCCUAACCAAGUUGUUAGACCCUUCCAGUAUAAUAGCUCUGAAGCAUUAUCCCUUGUUUCAGAGGGGAGCGAGAUGGCUCUGUUUGGGUUUGUUAAGUUUGCCGGUACAGCAGUACCUCACAUGGAUCCACCAUAUGCUUCACGUUCAGUCCGAUGUCAUUUCUUGCCAGCCGCAAAACGAAU